AUGUCGAGCGCGGCCACGGCUCAACAACGCGCCAGGAGGAAACACUUGCCCCAGUACGAGUCGGCGCAUGAUGUUGACGACAAUGACGACCAUGUUGCGCCGCAGUUCGCCUGUACACGUCGGCCUCGAACUCGUCCCCGUUCUCGUACGCCGGCCAAGUCGAGGUAUCUACUAGCUUCUAUGCUAUACCUUCAGGCUGUAUCAGCGGUGCAGGUCUCCUUCGAUAACUGUCUGUCAGAGGACUAUAUAUGGACGUCCCACCUGAGUGACCCAAACAGCACGCAGCUGCAAUGGGUUCCCGAGUUCGUGGACGCCGUUUUCGACCAAGACGGCGACGUGCACACUCUUGUCGUUACAGUCUGGGGAAAUGUUACAGGACGGGUGGGGGAUUCGGAUAUACCAGCGUGGAACAGCGCGGAUUGGAACGACUCUACUCUUGCUCUGGCUGGCAAGAUCCAGAAUAAGCCAAAUGCUGCCAACUUGACGACGCUACACAACAAGGUCGACGUAGCCACCUUUACUCCAUAUUUAUCCAACGAGAACUUUUGCGACAAUCUCAACAACGGGUCCUGUCCUCUGGGGCCCGUUUUCCAUGACCUUGCUGAUCCUGAGCUUCCUUAUGGUCUUCCUUAUUUUAAUCUCACUCAUGCCUUCGACUCAUCGUAUGCUUUUUCAUCAUUUGCCCCUACGCUCAUUAUAUAUUAUGAGGAUGGCCUAACCAUUGGAUGCAUCUCGACCGUCGUUACUCCCAGCCUUGGAGGAGUGGCUUGGUUUUUGCGAUUUUUGCCAAUGUUUGCUCUCUUGCUAGUCGGUGCUGCCACCGUCUUUGCCGCCGUCUUCAGUCCUUGGGGCGCAAACGAUAUCUUCCACUGGUCGUCCAACUAUGGUCGGGAUCUGGACCUCCUUCGACUGGUGACUCCUGGGUUCGGCGAUUGUCUCCAGUAUAUCCAGUUCAUUGCCUUGACGGGUGGCCUCUCGCUGAGUUACCCCGGCUUUUAUCAACCCGCUGUCAGUAAUGGCGCUUGGGCAGCACUCAUGUUCAACGAGAGCUUCGUGGCCCAUGCCGAUCCCUGGGAGAGUCUCGUGGACGGAGUUUACAAUACCAACGCAACCUACGGACUCGAGGUCAUAUCACAACUCGUGGGCAUGGCCGAUGUCGAGGAUAUAUGGGCAGGCAUGAUCGUAUGGCUAUUGGUGAUUAUCGCUGCCUCGUUAUUCGCUGUGCAGCUUGGCUUCUUCAUCCGCUGGGUUUGGAGGUCCGUUCACAAGACUUCUGAAGAGGAUCACCGCAAAAAGAACAUGCCCUUUUCCAUCGGAAUCAUCGUACGCCUGGUCUUCAACUACUUUUUGCUCCCAAUCGUUGCUCUAUCGACCUUUCAACUCGUCGUUGCAAGCGAGUCUCCUGCCUACCUCGUGGUAUUAGCCGCCGUCACGGUUACUCUGAUUGUCAUUUUUGCAUCUUACCUGAUGUACCUUAUUGCUACGACAAAACCGAGAUCUCUUCUGUUCGACGACCUUCCCACUGUGCUCCUCUAUGGCCCACUAUACAACACAUACUCGGAUGAGGCGGCACCUUUCGCCAUGAUUCCCAUUAUCCUUACUUUCAUGCGCGGAAUCGCCAUCGGUGCGGUACAGAAUUCCGGCGUUGCGCAGAUUGUCAUCCUGGCCGUCUGUGAAAUUAUUCAGAUGCUCACGAUUUGGGCGUUCCGGCCGUUCAACGCGUCAACCAACAUGAACGCCUAUCAUACUGGAUUUUCGCUUUUCAGGUUCCUUACCACGCUCCCGAUGGUUGCCUUUGUUUCGUCAAUGGGCUUGACAGAAUCGGCCAAGGACUGGGUAGGAUAUGUCAUACUAUUGCUCCAUGGCUUUGUCCUUGUUUUUGGGUUCUUUCUCAACUCCCUACAGACCAUUGUGGAGGUCAUUGCGCGCAUGCUGGGUGCAGGUGGCGAUGAUGUCCGCGGCCAGACGCGGGGUGGACUGUCGAAAAUCUUUGGGGCUCGUCAAUUGAGGAGACGCGUGUCUAGGCGUGGUGCGGCAUCGCGACAAAGUCAGCUCAGCACCUCGGGCAUGUUGGAUACUUACCAUAACCAAAACAGAGGCUAUGGCCGCGUGAGGAGCGAGUCAGCCGGUAGUAUGGGCAUUUUACUGAAUCAAAGAAGCUCGAGCGUUCUAGACGGAAGAAGUAUGGAUGGAUUCUCAGGGCCGUUAGGAGGCAGCACGUUUGCGCCAACGACUCCAGGAGCAGAUGCUAGUACUUUCUCCUUUAUACCGUCGCCUGGGCAAGCUACACGUCCUCAGCCUGCGGCCGAUCCGUAUUACCGCCCUCCGCGUGCAAGACGACAUACCGGCGAUGAAAUGGGCUCUUCUCCCCCAAGACUGGGUCGCGCAUCUAUUGGCAGCGUUGAUCUGGCGGACAAGCGGCUUAGUCAGCUGGAUGCUCAAGACUUUGAUAGAAUAGGCUCUUCGAAAGCAGGUCCGGUCCCUCCAGGCGGACCUGCCCCGGCGCCGGCUUCAUACAUGCCCGUCUUUGCGCCCCGCGCCGACUAUUCCACGAGAGAAGUGGACUUUUAUUAUGGUGUACGUGGCCCAGCGCUCAACUCUGAUGCUCCAAACCGCCGACUCGGCACCGGACCAGCAGAUCCAACCAGCCCGGUGUCGACUGCUACUUCAUGGUUCAAGAGCUUGUUUGGUGGAAAGACCAAAGAAAAGGGCAAAGGCUUCGAGGUUGUCAGAAGCGCUCGAAUGCCCCCAGCAAUGAAGGCAAGAGGAGGAGACCUGGAGGAAGAAGCACCCCCUGAGGGCAUCCCAGUUGCCAUGGGUGUACUUCGCAACGGUCCAAUCGAAAGUGACGACGAGGACUCGCCUCAACCCAAGCCAGAGCCACAGGGACAAGAGAAUAGCGAGAGUGGGGACAGAGAAGUGGAUGAGACUGCAAGAGCAUCUCAAGAUGAAACCGAAUCUGAGGAGGGUGAGAUCACCAGAGUCGCACCUGAACCACCGUUACUACCUGACCUCGAUGCUGGCGAAAGCUUCAACUUCCCGAGCCGAGUGCAGUCUACCAAGACGGUCCGACAGCUGUCUCAGAAAACAGUCAGAGAAAUCGAGCUUGAACCCAUUCCUGAUGUGCCGAGGAAAAGUUCAAAACGUAACAGUACUGCGGACAAGAUGACGAAGCCUGUCUUGAGCUUGCUGCCUCCUUUGGAAGUAUCAGGGGGCUUGCAUCCGGAUGCUGCGGCCACAGCCAGUUUCCCAUUUGAUCGAUCCAACUCGCAGAAGCGGCUGUCUGGCUCUUCCACGGGCGAUCUCCCGUCAGCUGCCACGAGCGGCGAUAGGAGCGACGAGCGCCCUACUAGCUUUGGUGUUGUACAUCAGCACAACAUUAGCCGGAUCGACCCAGCCUCUGAUCAGGAUCUUGACCUCCUCGGCAGCACCGCGGAAGUUGUCGACAGCUCGCGGCGAGUGAGUCCAAUGUCGUCCGUGUCUGGUCGCUCAGCUCGGCAUGAGUAA